UAGGUAGCAGGCUGCCCGGUUUGUGCCAAGAACUGCAACGAUGCUGGGUUUUUCACAAUCAACAGUUUCCCGCGUGUAUUAACAAUGGCGUAUUAACGUCCAGUCAACUUGACACAACUGUUGGAAGCAUUGGAGACAACAUGGGCCAGCAUCCCUGUGGAACGCUUUCGACACCUUGUAGAGUCCAUGUCCCGACGAGGCUGUUCUGAGGGCAAAAAGGGGGGUGCAACUCAUUAUUAGGAAGGUGUUCCUAAUGAUUUGUAGCCGCGGGCGUGGUUAUUAUCACCGUGAAAGAACGCGCGGACAGGACCAACCUCUAAUGACAUCACUCACUUCUCUCCUCCCGCUGAUCGACUUGUAGUUUCAGCAGGUUUCUGGUUACCGGCUGCGGACAGGCAAUAUCUCACACCAUUCAUUCUCAGGCACCGACACACCAGAGAGACGUUACCCGGGCAGAGUGAGCCUUUAGCGACAUGAUGGCAGAGGAGAGCCGGGGGAAACGACGGAAACAAGCGAACCCGAGAAGGAAUCAAGUGGACAUCGAAUGGGUCAGUUCUCUGGGCUCGGAGGGGGAGGAUGGUGAUGAGGUGGGUCUGUGGAGCCCGGAACCCCAGGACUACCAGGGCAGCCUGGACAAGACCAGUCUGACCCCCAGCGAGGGUGAGGGAGACGGGGAAGGGACCGAGCCAGGAGGUACCCCCAGCCCCAGGGGCCAGUCAACCCAGCCCCAAAGCCCCAUCCCCAGGGAGGGCCACUGGACAGAGAGGGAAGAGGAGGUACCUGAGAUAACUAUGGACAGGAAGCAGAAAUCUCUCAUGACCUACACAGGUCAGAGGUCAGACAGCAGGGCCUUGGAGGACUUGGCCCACUAUGACUUCCUGGUUCAGUUGAGAAAGGCAUCCUCCCACCAACCUGCCUCACACCACUACCAGCACCACAACCACCUGCCCCCCAACGGCAGAAGCCCUGCCCCAGCCAUGUACCACACUGGCAGUCUGCGCCUCCAUGAUGACCUCCCUCCCGUCUGGUCUGUUGGGGCUCGGCGCUCAUCUGAGAGACCAGACGGCGUCCCUUUAAAUCUACAGGCUUGCCCGUUCUGCCAGCAUACCUUCCACCGCGGAGGGUCCCUACGCGAGCACAUCAGGUUUUGCCACGAGCGGGACGGGGGACACUAUAGAGCUCAGAUGGAACGACACAUGGGACUGCACAGUCAGUACAUUGACCAUGGUGCGGAGAGCAGGAAGUUCAAGUGUUUUCAGUGCGGGAAAUCCUUCAAGUACAAACACCACCUCAAAGAGCACCUCCGCAUCCACAGUGGUGAGAAACCGUAUGAAUGUUCCAACUGCAAGAAGCGCUUCUCUCACUCUGGCUCCUACAGCUCACACCUCAGCAGUAAGAAGUGCUUGACAGGGGGAGGAGGAGGAGGAGGAGGAGGACGUAGAGGUGGAGGGGAGAGCUAUAACAACAGACAUAGCCAGGGGACCUACCAGUCCUCUCCUGCAUCACCCUCAGCAGGAAGCAGUAGGAACAGCAGUGGAAAGGGCUCUCCCUACCUUCCUCACACCCAGAAGCGUCAGUCACCAAUGGGCUUAGGGAGGGAGCUGUACCCCCCUGGGGACCAGAGCAGGGGGGUCCUCCAGGGCCGGGAUCUAGGCAGGCUGUGGGACCCCCCAGCGGAGUUCUCCCUCCGGGACAACGUGUUCAAGGGCACCAACCUGCUGCCGUACCUCCAUACCAGCGCCGGGGGCAAGUUUGAGCAGAUGCUGCAGGAGAUGUUUGACAGGGAGGAGGGAGAAGUAGGCUCACCCAGGGAGGAGGGGAGACUGGGGAUUCACAACGGAGGGCGAGACAGGAAGGCGGAUGUUCCAAAACCGCUGAAACGCAACCGAACCGGCUCGGGUGACGGGUACAGGGGUGGAGGUGGGGUGACAUGCCACUGGUGCUCCCAGCUCUUCCCCAGCCCUGCCGUGUUACUGCAGCAUGAGCGCUACCUCUGUAAGGUGAACCGGCAGGCCAUGGAGGUGCCUGAAGGUCCUCGCCGCAAAGACCACCUCUCUCCCCUCUACUUCUCCUCCAGAAACCCUCUCCAGCCACCCCCACCAGACAACAACAAUAAAACCUCAGCGAUGGCUAACGGUUUCUCCAAAGAUAAGUCUCCUCUCCAGAGACCCAGCUGGCACUCUGUCCCUCAGGAGCUGCUGGUCGCCAUGCACUCCCCCCUACAGCCCCGCCCAGACUCACUAUCCAUGAGAUCCUAUUGGUCUAGACAGAAGAGUGGCAGGAGUGGCGGCAGCCCCGGCCAACCAGCACCAACGAGCCCUGCUACAGACAUGUCCUCACUGCUACCAAUAGGACCAUUACCCUCUUCAGAGAUCGACUCUCCCCUCUGCCUGGACCUUUCCUCCACCACUCUCACCCCUCAUUGGAGUCGAACCAUCCCCCAAGGAAGGACCGCCGGGUCCGGUAGCUCCCAGAAUGACCAACCCCUGGAUCUCUCCCUCCCCAAGCCCCAGGAGGGGAAAGUCCUGGAGGACAGCAUGCCCAGUAAUGAACACCCUUGUCUGGGAGAAAAGAGAGAGAAGACCUACAGAGAACCAGCAGAGAACCAGCAGCUCCACCGGAGGCUGAGUCUCUGUCCACCUUGGCAACAGCAUCAAGGCGUCUACAGUGGCGUUCCGAUGUUUGAGGGCUCCGUCUACAGUGCAUACCCUCUGUUUAACCCCAUGAUGCCUGCUGGGCUAGCUCGCUCAGGACAUGAUGUGGUCCCCUCACUGCCCCUCAGUCAACGAUUUCUCUCCCCUAUGGUCUACAUGAUGGAGUCGGACACAGAUGCCGUGCUGAAGAGGAUCCGUCAGGAGAGACAAGCCAUCAUGGGUGAGGUGAUGGAUUGCGGGGGUCUGGACUACCCCUCGCUGAUGGAGGAGGGAGGAGAGGGAGAAGGGGGACCAGGGAGGAAGAGACUGAAGAAGACCGACGACGGCCUGUACGCCUGCGACAUCUGUGACAAGACCUUCCAGAAAAGCAGCUCUCUGCUCCGACACAAGUAUGAGCACACAGGUAAACGUCCCCACGAGUGUCAGAUCUGCAGGAAGGCCUUCAAACAUAAGCACCAUCUGAUGGAGCACAGUCGCCUGCACUCUGGAGAGAAGCCCUAUGAGUGUGAUAAGUGUGGCAAGAGGUUCUCCCACUCUGGCUCAUACUCCCAACACAUGAACCAUCGAUACACCUACUGUAGCAGGGACCAGGAACAGGAAGGGGUCGAGGAGCCUCCUCUUACCCCAGGAGGGUCCACCGAUCUGGGCCAUGUUUCCGGGGGCACCCCCUUCUCCAUGGAGUACACCCCAAUGUUUCUCAGUGAUGCCAGUCUGGACGGGGGGAUAGGAGGGAGUGCACAUGAGGAGGAGGACGAGACAGACAAAACUAAAGGUGGCCAUAUGAAGGAGGCUUGUACUUUAUCAGGGUCAGGGUCUGGUGAAGGGUUAGGGUUGGAGCUGUGCUCUAGCCCUGUGGGGAAUGAGAGAGACAGACCGCAUGUCAACAGAGACAAUGGAGAAGGAGAGAAUUCUGGUCUACAGACUUACAGACUUGAAAACAACGAUCACUGGGAUAGAGAUGCGUUGGAACAAAAUGGAGACCAGAACACAGACACAUACGAGUUGAGCCCAGAAGCUCCACUGUCACAAUGACAACAGCGGACAAGUAUGCCAAAACCAAUGCAUCUAGCUACAAACAUUUUAACAUUUUAGUCAUUUACUAGACACUCUUAUCCAGAGCAACUUACAGUUAGUGUAUUAAUCUUCAGAUCAUAUCGAGUACAUUUUCUCCUAAAUAAAGUAGCUAUCAGCAAAGUCACUGCUAAUGGGGAAAAGAGAAGUGCCUUUUUUUUGGUGGGGGGGGGAGAGGGUUUCAGAGGCUGCUUGAGAGCCUUGUGGAAAUAAACAUGCGCUGUUCAAAAUGAAGCAAAUCCUACACUGUACAAAGCCAUAUGAACACAGCCAAACUAAGGACCACUUGAACAGAUAUAAUCAAUACAGUAGACAGUACGAGGAAUGGUAUGAUAUCCACUCUGAUCAGUAUGUGAGAAGCCACAGUAUUGACCCCUACACAUCUGUCACAACAGCUAUCAGUUCAAAUCAAAUCAAAUGUAUUUAUAUAGCCCUUCGUACAUCAGCUGAUCUAUCAAAGUGCUGUACAGAAACCCAGCCUAAAACCCCAAACAGCAAGCAAUGUAGGUGUAGAAGCACGGUGGCUAGGAAAAACCUAGAAAGGCCAAAACCUAGGAAGAAACCUAGAGAGGAACCAGGCUAUGUGGGCUGGCCAGUCCUCUUAUUUCUGGCUGUGCCGGGUGGAGAUUAUAACAAAUCAAAAUCAAAUUUAUUUAUAUAGCCCUUCGUACAUCAGCUGAUAUCUCAAAGUGCUGUACAGAACAUGGCCAAGAUGUUCAAAUGUUCAUAAAUGACCAGCAUGGUCGAAUAAUAAGGCAGAACAGUUGAAACUGGAGCAGCAGCACGGCCAGGUGGACUGGGGACAGCAAGGAGUCAUCCUAUCAGGUAGUCCUGAGGCAUGGUCCUAGGGCUCAGGUCCUCCGAGAGAGAGAGAGAGAGAAUUAGGGAGAGCACACGUAAAUUCACACAGAACACAGAAUAGGACAGGAGAAGUACUCCAGAUAUAACAAACUGACCCUAGCCCCCCGACACAUAAACUACUGCAGCAUAAAUACUGGAGGCUGAGACAGGAGGGGUCAGGAGACACUGUGGCCCCAUCCGAGGACACCCCCGAACAGGGCCAAACAGGAAGGAUAUAACCCCACCCACUUUGACUGCUUCCUGCUUGUGACUGGGUAAGGUUGAAGGAGUUAGUGUGGUUCGGUAGCAAGCAGUGUUGUUCAAUUUGUUUCCAGUUGCCUUAUCAGUAUAAAUAAUUCUUUAUUUGCCAGUAUAAGUAUUCAUUUUUUAAGGUUUUAUAUUUGUUUACAUCAUAUUCUCCAAAGAACAACAGGUCUCUGUUUGUUAAAACAAAUGUAGAAGCAAUAAAUAGUAACUAUUAUUCAAAUUAUAAUAAAGGAUUAAAGAUAUAUUUUUUUGUGCCAAAGCCACAAAUUUGUUUCCGGAUAUAUCUGUUAUGACUGUGGUCAAGCUGUGCAUUAAUUAUGGGCAUUAGUAUGGAGAUAGAUUAGUGCCAAAAAUGAUACAAUGACCAAAAUGAACGGCAAUACAUAGCCGUACAAAUACAGAUUUACCUUGGGGUUUCCAUGGUGACUAACGAAUGUCUAAUACAGUAUCUAAUUCGUGGAAGGCCGUGUGUGUGUGUGUGUGUGAAUUUUCACUUUUCACCUUUGUACUCGAUUGAUAUAUUAAGGUUAGGUGACUGAUUAGUUAAGAAGCCUCACCUGGUUGUUUAGGUCUGAAAAUAAUGGUAAUAAUAAUAAUUGUAAACAAACGGUCCUCUAAAAAUGUAGUUUGUUAUCCCUGAUCUAAAAGAUCAGCAAGACAUCAAGAUGUGGUCUGUGCCACUAGCCACUAGCCACUAGCCACUAGUCACUAGCCAUCCUAAACCUUACAGUAUUUCUACACACAAGGGGAAAACGAGAGUAUGAAGAGUUAACAAAUAAACGUUUUUUUAUUUUUUUAAGGACAACAUGAAACUUACCCUGCCUCACGAUGUUUUACAUAUUUCAUAUACCAGACAUGUGGAGUUGGUUUGUCUCUAUUAGAAAACGCACAGAUAUUGUCUCCAUGUAAUAUACUGUGAGUACUGUGCUUGUACAGCAGUAAACUGUCUUCAGAAAGCAUUCACACUUUUUACAACCUGAAUUAAAAAUGUAUAAGAUGUUUUUUUUUGGGGGGGGGGGGGGGGGGGGUCACUGGCUUACACACUAUCCCAUAAUGUCAAAGUGGAAAUAUGUUUUUCAAAAUUUUCACAAAUGAAUUUAAAAAAUGAAAAGUUGAAAUGUGUUGAGUCAAUAAGUAUUUAAGCCCUUUGCUAUGGCAAGCCCAGUUCAGGAAUAAAGUAUGUGUUUAACAAGUCACAUGAUACGUUUCAUGGACUCACUCUGUGUGAGGCACUAAAGUAAUACUGCAAAAGAAAUACACUGGAUUUGCUUAUCAGGCAGAACAGGCAGUUAACCCACUGUUCCUAGGCCGUAAUUGAAAAUAAGAAUUUGUUCUUAACUGACUUGCCUAGUUAAAUAAAGGUAAAAUAAAAAAUACAAAAUAAAUAUCAAUAAGACAGUGAAUGUUCCUGAGUGGUCGAGAUACAGUUUCGACUUAAAUCCGCUUGUCAAUCUAAGGCAAGACCUAAAAAUGGUUGUCUAGCAAUGAUCAACAACCAUUUUGACAGAGUUUAAAGAAUUGUGAAAAUAAUGUGUGGAAAGCUCUUAGACUUAAUCUGUCAUCUCUGUCAAAGGUGCUUGUACUAAGUAUUAGUAUUGACCCAAGGGUCUGAAUACUUAUAUAAAUGUGAUAUUUCUGUUCCAUUUUCAAUAGAUUUGCAAAGAAAAUUCUAAAAACAUGUUUUUCACUUUGUCUUUAUGGGGUAUUGUCUGUCGAAGGAUGAGACAAAACAUAUAUUUCAUCGAUUUUGAAACGAGGCUGUAAAACAACAAAAUGUGGAAUAAAUCAAGGGGUAUGAAUGCUUUCUGAAGGUACUGUAUAUGACACCCUAAUUAAAGCAAUGUGUCACACAUUUCAAUGCCGUUGUAGCCAAUAGUAUUAGAAUAACUGAAACGGGACGUUCCCGUUCACGUUUCUCCACGGGCUAUCAGUAACUUUAUAUGGGUGUAUCACAAGCAAGACGCAGGACCGAUUCUAGAACAUGUAUCAUCUUCAUACCUCCUAUAUCUGUCGAUGUGAAAACUACCUCAGAUAUGUUCAUCCACCGUGAGUCAUCUGUGAAUCUGCCACAGCUCUGGUGUUGUACGCGACACCGUUACAGAGAGCUGAGGUGUGACCAAACCAAAACCCUCAGUGUCUGGAGCCGUACUAGUGCCAACGGGCAAUUUCAUUUAAAUUCAAAUAUUUUUGAAUUUGUAUUCCGAAAGUGAAUUUUAAUUAAACGUAUUGUAGAACUCUAUGCCUGACUGUUUAGGGUUCGAUGUAAUCCAUAUCGCGAAUAAAGCACGAUUGAAAUGUAAAGGCAAUGUUCCUGCUUUCGUGUAGACUAUACAUUCACGGUUGACGCUGCAUAUGCCGGUUCAAUCGGAAAUUGCCUUUACAUUUCAGGCGCGCUACAGCGAUACGGAAUGCAUCGAGUCCUUGGCCUUCUUCUAUCACUAUGAACUGAAAACUCAUCGUGUCAAUAUAUAGUAACAGAAUGUGUAGGUAAUCAUGCACAACUCAACCAAGGUCAGAAUUAUUAUCUGAUUCUGUAGACUUUAACAAAGCCCACCGCUACCUGAUUCCACCAGCUUUUAAUACUUCUUUUAGGGGGACAAAGACAUUGUAUUUUCUUGGACAAAGUAAGCAAAUAUAAUUUUUGAACUCUUGAGUUGAUAUCGGCACAACUUGUAUCAUGCUGUAUAUUGUUUAGCAACUCAGUUAUGCAUUUUGUAUUGAAUUACAUUCCGUUUUUUAAUAAAAAAAACUACUUGUGGAUAUAUUUGUAAUAAAAAUGCGCGUAUUGCUUUGUC